ACACACACACACACACACUGCCUAAGUGCCUGCCCUCCAACCAAGCAUUCCCACUGAGAAGCAGAUGCAAGCUAGCCAGGCCCCACCGCCUCUCCUUCCUCACUUGGGCUGGGUGCCGUUGGACACUGGCAAAGUGUAAGCAAGCGAAGACCUUCUCCCAAACACACAUACAUUGAAGACGACCUGGUGCAUCGAUGGUGGCGGAGGAGAUCGUGGUUACCCUUUCCGGGGGCUCCCCGUGGGGGUUCAGGCUCCAGGGAGGAAGGGAGCAGCAGAAGCCUCUACAGGUGGCAAAGGUACGGCGUCGCAGCAAAGCAUGCAGGGCAGGGCUGAAAGAGCACGACGAGCUGGUUGCCAUCGGCAACCACUCAUGCGCCGAGCUCAGCCACGCCCAAGCCAUGGUCCUCAUCGAUUCCCAGAAUGCCACGCUGCACCUGAGGGUCAAACGGCCCCCGCUGUACCCUGCUCGCUGCUCACCUCCGCUUCUCUCUGUGAGUUCCUCCGUCGCACCCGGCGGCGUCACCUCGCCGCCGGGGAGCGAGGCCUACUACGGUGAGACGGACAGCGAUGCUGACACGCGCUCGCAGGCGCAGCGCCGCCAGCGCCGCACGCCUCCUCACACCCGCUCACCUGCUCGCUACGACAACCACGGGCGGGAGGAGGAGGAGACGUCUGAGAUGAGUGGCUAUGAGAGUGCUAAUGACGCAGCAGGAGGACCAAUGCAGGGCCAAUGGCACGGCGUGCCGCACAAGGACUUCAUCUAUCAACCCCCGCAACUGGGGUGGACCACCCCAACCAGCAGCGUCACUCCGCAUUCACUCACCCCAACCCCGGAACAGACCUUGGCGGAGGCCGAGGGCGAAGGAGACAGCGGCUUCCAGGAUGCGGGGGCCUGUGUGGGGCUCACUGCCUGCCCACCGUUGGUAUCUACCGAGCGGGCCAAAGAGGCCCUAAUGCUGGGGUCCAGGAGUCAGCUGGUGCCCAUGGUGGGACCGCAGCAGGGCCCCGUGAGCGAGGAGCUCACCGCCACCUAUGUGGAGAAAGCACGGCAAGCCAAGCUGCAGCGCGGGGAGAGUUUAGUGGAGAAGCAGGUGAAAGAAGCUCGCACCAAAUGCCGCUCCAUCGCUUCGCUGCUGACCGAUGCUCCCAACCCAAACUCCAAGGGGGUGCUUAUGUUCAAGAAACGGCGGCAGAGAGCCAAGAAGUACACGCUGACCUGCUUCGGCAAGGCUGAGGACGGUGGGGAAAGCACGGAGGGGGAGACAGAGGAGGAAGGCGGGGGCUCCAUCCAGAGCUCCGAAGUGGACGAGGAGGGUUUCUCAGCCUCGUUUGACCCCACGUGGGACAGCGGUUACUUAGACCUGCUGGACAGGAGGAGCGCCGCCUGCCCGCCUGCCACACCAACAGCUGGCAAUCACGGCCCGGGGCCUGAUCAUUUGAGCUUCGAGGCGCCUGUCAAUCAAAUUCCAAGCUUGGAGGUGUUCGGGCUGGAGGCCGUGAAGCAACCAGACGCUGCUGUGCCUUCAGCUCCGGAUGUGCCUCUUGUCAAUGGGGGUCCCGUCGCCAUAAGCCGGGCCAGUGUUAAAUUAAGCCCACCCCCUUUGACGCCCCCUCUUCAUCAAAACUCACAUGUCAAUCCCAGCCCGAGUCCAAACCUUGACCAACAUUUAGCGAGUUCCGCUGCUCUCAAUCGCUCGGCUCGGCCCUUCACUCCCGGCGCCGCGACGCCCCGCCCCUCGGUGACCUCCGUGAUGUUCCGCCCUCCCCAGCCCAAACCGGCAGCGGCCGUCUCCAUGGUGACCAUCACGCCUACUCAAUAUCCGGCAGUGGACGGGAGGAGAGCGGUUUCCAGCACCUCACUCUACAUCCCGCCUCGCAACAAUGGCGUUGCUCCCUCGGCUCUUUCGCCCCCUUCGUCUUUGUGCCCCUCCGGCCUCGUCGCUCCUCAAGGUUCCGCAGCCCAGCCUGCUCAACCCUUCUCCCCUCCACAACCAUUUCACCAACCGCCUCCUUCCCCGGGAGUGUCUCCCACCUCCCAGGUCCAAGUCUCCACGGUUCCUCCCACUCAGCUUUCCCCUGCUGCCCAUCCGUGCACCCCCACUGCCAUGACUCCUGCAUCUUCCCCUCAAACCUCAGCCUCAGAUUCACUGGCUACUCGCGAGCAGCGCAUCUCUGUGCCAGCCGCCCGCACCGGCAUCCUGCAUGACGCCCGCGGUCGCAGCAACAAAAAGCCGAUGUUCAGCGCCAUCCGGAGCAAAGAUGUGUCUCCCAACCCCGCCUUGAUGUCCAUGGUGCAAAACAUGGACGACCGCUUUGUGAAAACAGCGGGGGCGGAGUCAGGCGUUGCAACGGGCGGCGAGGCCGGCCACGAGUCCGGCCCUGAGGAGGACUGGAUGCGGCUGGGGGCAGAGGCGUGCAACUUCAUGCAGGCUCAGCGGGGAAGCAGGCCGCCGCCCGUGGCCCCAAAACCGCACACCCCUCAGGCACCUCAGUUGGGGGGGAAAGGGGGUCAGUUGUUCGCCCGCCGACAGAACCGGAUGGAUCGCUAUGUUGUUGAGCGCAGUCCCUCUGUUGCACCGGCACCGUUCUCUCCUUCCCAAACGAGGGAGCCUUCACCAACGCCGUCCCUCCCGGCCACCUGGAAGUACUCUUCCAACAUCCGUGCCCCUCCUCCCAUCAAUUACAAUCCUCUCCUGUCCCCCUCGUGCCCCCCCAAAGCACAAAAGAAGGCGGAGGUGACAAAGUCAGCACCGGCUGGAUCCAAAGGGAAGAAAGGUGCCAAAAAGCAGGUGGAUGUCAUGAACCACCAGCCCUACCAGCUCAACUCGUCUCUGUUCACCUACGGGGGGCCCCGGGACUCGUCCGCCAGUCAGCAGCAGCGAGGUGGUCCUCAGAAGACGGCACGAGUGUGCGAGGUGAAACGCUUUUCCACACCCCCUCCAAAGGCCACCAGUCCUGCCCUGAAGGUGAUCGUACCUCGAUCAGCCACGACUCUCGGGGAGCCACUGUGGCAUUCCGACGCUGCCUCCCCGCCACCCCAAAGCGCCCGUCGCCCUCAAACGCCUCCGACCCUAUACCAAUCUCAGUGGUCCCCGGGACCGCUGUCUCCUCCACCGCCCCCUGCGCCCAAAGCUCCGCUCCCUCAGCUUCCCACCUUCGCAUCGCCUUCCAAUGCAGUCCAGUCCCCCACGUUUUCCCAUCCCCAGCCUCAACAAGCUGACAGGCAGUUCAAAAGCGCCCCAGAUCUGAGCCCUUUUGGACCCCCUGGUGGCCCCCGGCAGGCAUCCACCGGCAGCCAGUACAGCAGGGUUCCUCGACCCAGAUUCAGCACCUCCAACCUGGGCCUACAGCCUUGCGUGUGGCGCCCCGGCUCCACGGCGCACUGAGCUUGAACAUUUGAGUCUGGACUGAACAUAAAGCAUUAUAUUUUAAAAGGAAGUCCACGUGUUUUGAGUUUGGUAACAUUCUUUUUCAUGUCCGCGGACACGUGUUUUAUCUCAAGAGCAGUUUGGACGGGCAACACGAGCAAAAAUGAUCCACUUUCUUUUUGUAAGGGGGGCGGGGGCGGUUGGGGGAGACGCUUUGAUUUGGCCAUUUUGACACAGUUUGCGAAAAUUGAAAGGCAACACGGUGGUGGAACAAAUGUACCAGAGAGAGAUUAAAGGAUUAGCUACUUCGAAAGGCAGCAGAAUGAUGUUGAAUUAAGUGCGGAGGAUGUGGAAAGAGACAGAUUUUAGUUGUCGAUUGGAAGGUGAACGAAAUACGAGAAGAUCCAAUGAACUUCGUGUUGUCGGAGCGUUCAAAGUAAAAGUGCCAAGUCCAAGCUUGCUUGUAAUUAUCUAACAAUAUAUUGUGUUGUUUUUUUGUGUUUUUUUUUCUUUCUAAUAUUAUGAAAUAUUGUGGUGAAGGCUUUCAGAGGGGGCGAACUUGAGUCUUCCCUGAACUACGUGACGGCGCUCAAACCUAAUAAAUAACCCCUCAACCCCACCGGUAUUUACUCCCACUACCUUCAUAAUGCCAUCGUGAAUCCAGCUUUCUUCAUUGUUUCAAGACGCUUUGUUGAUCAGGGCAAGUCCGGGGGAAAGUUGAGACGCAAGUCUCGUCUGGUCUAAACAGGUCCGGCGGCUGAAGAACCUGCAACACACAAAGGAAGUAUCAUGGUGGAAUCAAAUAUAAUUUAAUAUUGUGAAUUAUUUCCAUCUCUACCACAUGGGGGCAGUGUGAGACUGUUGAGACACUUGAAGCUCACUAGUUCUGCCCAGACACAAGCCGCUUGUGGCCUUUGGUACAGAACCUCGCACCCGCUGUUUAUUAGGGCCCGAGCUCAGAGGAGAGAAAAUAUUCUCAUCUGGAACCAUACGUCCCUCAUAACGGGAUUCAUGAAAAUUAAAGAGAGAAAGUUGUGAAUGGAGGCUGUGAAUGGGGAUGCGCGCAGCGAGUUGCUCUGAUUCAGCAACACACACUCAGAUUUUGACCAUAAGUGUUCAUGUUUUUUCCGAUUUUGACCAUAAUUUGUCACUUCUCCCUCAAACGACUUUUUAAGCGCUACGCUCUUCUUCCCUUUUAAUUCACGGCUCGCUGCCUUGCACACAAUCGCCGGUUUCACCUAUUUUUGGAGCCGUUAAUCUGCGGCUAUUUGGCACGGUGUUAAACUCUUAAUUCCGAUGUUUUUUUUUUUUUUUUUCACGGCGUGAUUGAGAGCAGAGGGGUUGGGGGGGGGGCCGGAGGGUGUCAUCCUGCCCCUUCGCAUGACUAUCAAAAAGCCCCUGUCCUCACGCAACCGUUUUCAGUUUCGUGUCAUUGAUUCAUUUAUGGCCUCAAAGAUGAAAAUAAACAUUCAGGAGGU